GCAAAAUGACAAAUGUAGUGCUGAGGAAAAAGUCGAAAAUGAAAUAAAUUGAUCUGAAUUAGUUAAUUCGAUGUUGGAUAUUGUACAUUUUCAGAUGUUUCAACAUGAAGCCGAUUUGAGUUGGUGGUGAGGCAGGAUGCCUUCAGAGGAAUCUCUGCUUUGAUUUAAUUAUGCCAUCAUCAUGAUGGUACAUGAUAGCCUUAUUCUAGGGCUUUUCAGCAUUGCUGUGACCUUCUUGGGUUGCCAGUCUUCCAACUGCAGAGGUCGGAAGAUUCUGAAUGGGCAAGAAGGCUUUAUUUCUGAUGGGCCUGGGGAAUACAAGGCGAAUUCCCAUUGUGAAUGGCUCAUCAAUGCGGGCAACCCCAACAAGACGAUCCACCUCUCAUUUGAGAGCAUGGCCACUGAGUGCUCCUUCGACUUUCUGUUCAUCUAUGACGGCAAGUCGUACAGCAGCAAGCUGAUUGCCACUCUCAGCGGAGACAGUCCGCCAAAGCCAAUUACAGCGUAUUCGGGGCAUAUGCUGCUGUAUUUAUUCAGUGACCGGAACUAUCUUCGGCCCGGAUUCGAGGCUCGCUACAAAAUCUUGGAUUGUCCAUGGAACUGUAGCGAUCGUGGGCCCUGCAUCAACCAUACAUGUCACUGCAGAGCUGGCUACAGUGGUGUAGGAUGCGAGGUGGCUGACUGCCCGUCUGACUGUGGAGACCAUGGGGAGUGCAAGUUCCACUCGUACAAGCUCCAGUACUGCAACUGCUCCCAAGGCUACGUGGGACAGGAGUGCAAUCUCCAGGUCAGCGGGCCGGAGGGUCAAGGAGGCUGGUAUAACAUCCAGCAGGAAGUGAACCGGGGCUUCCCUCCCCGCACCUCCCACUCGGCAGCAUUUAUCGACGGCUGCAUUUGGGUGUUUGGAGGUUUCGAUCUCAAUACCGUCCUCGGUGACCUCUGGCGGUACUGUAUGCACGAAAACAGUUGGGAGCAGUUUCUUCUGAAGGAGUCGGUGAAACUGAGCGGUCUCAACAGUCUGCCCGCCAACAGGUCAUCAAACUCGUGGCCUAGCGCUCGGAGUGGGCACGCCAUGGAUGUGUACGGGGAGGGCUUCUUUAUUUUUGGGGGGAUCCUCGAGGACGGGACACACAGCGACGAGCUGUGGUACUUCAACAUUACGUCCUUGUUCUGGAGCCUCGUGGCUUCAGAGAGUGUGGUCAAGCCGGAGAGGGUCACUGACCACUCGUUGACCCUCGUGGAAGAGCAUCUGUACCUUUUGGGAGGGAAGACGGAGGACCGGAUCUUCGUGGACUCGAUGUACCGCAUCUCCGCCGAGUCCCCGCUGCAGUGGGAGCGGGUUCUCAUCCAGGGGGGCGUGUACCCGCCCAAGAGACUCGUGGGGCACACCACGCUGUACCACAAACACUCGCGCUCACUCAUCGUCUUCGGCGGCUACACGCAGGGCAGUGCCCUGUUCAGCGACCGCACGCGUGACAUCCAGAUGUUCAACAUCGACGACCAGUACUGGUCGCGGCUGUCCAACGAGAACUGGCGGGGCAGCUCGGUGCCGCGCCACCGGGCUUUCCACUCGACUGUGAUGAUGGGCAACUACCUGGUUGUCUACGGGGGCAACACUCACGACCAUUCCACCUUGGAGAUUUGCUACAACCAAGAGAUUUUCUUCUACCACCUCGGCUGCCAUGUGUGGCUCAAUCACACUUACUUUACGGGAAAUGGCUCAGGCAAUGGAAUGCCUUCCAAGGGAAGGUUCGGCCAUGCGGCUGUUGUAGCCAACGGGAAUGUCAUGUUCAUUCUCGGAGGUUACUCGGGUCAAGUGUUGGGAGAUCUUAUUGCCUACAAGGUUCCAUCGGCCAUAGCAGACUUUGAGUGUCCGAGUUCUUCCACCUCGUGCACGGCUCUGUCUGCGACCCCGGAGGAGAGCGUGGAGCCUCGGGACCACUGCAACGAGUACCCCAACACCAGCCCCUACUUGUGUCAGGAUGACCCGGAGUGUGUGUUCUGCAACAAGGGCAGGAUCGACUCGGGCAACCAAAGCUGUGUGCACAGGACCAGAGUGCAGCUGUGUGUGAACAAGGAUUUCCACGACUCUACGGACCGGUGUCCCGGCAUCUGCCCGACGCUGCACACGUGCGGGGCGUGCGUCAUCCAUGGGAAGGGCGUGAAUGUGUCUGCGGCCUCCCGGAGGCGCCAGGUGUACAUCCAGGAGUGCAGCUGGUGCGUCAAAGAGGCGCAGUGCCAGACGAGAGCCGUGCCCUUCGGCACGUGCCAGGCGCCCGAGCAGACGGAGUCGGGCAUCCAGGGCUGGUGGAACGGGCUGAGCGCCAACCUGACCUCCUUGCAGCAGUGCCAGGUCGAGGAUUUCCCCGCCGGCCUCCACUGGGUCAAGUACCGGGCGCCUCUCAACAUUACCUUUCCCGAUGAGAUGAGCAUUAUCCGCAAGACAGAGGGCAGCAUGGGAUACAUCGACACGAAGCUCAUCGAGGCCACCUUCAUCUACACCUCGCGUUUUUUAGGCUACAUCCACCCGCUGAACGCCUCGCCCCCCGUGGGCACCAACCUCACUCUGUUCCUGGGGCUGAAGAACGCCAAGGCCAGACUGUACCUUUCGCAGGAUGAGACCGAGAACAAGAGGGAGAAAGUGAUCACCAUGAGUGAGGUGGCCCACUACGACACGGUGGUGGCCGUGAGGCCGUCGGGGCUGCCCGUCUUCCCCAACGUGUCCCGGGGCAACAAGUACCUGAUCGAACAGGUGAGUCUGGAGUCAGAUCCGCUGUGUGAAUGGGUGUUUAGUAACGGACAUUGCACCCGACGGCUGAGGAACCCCAACAAAGCGGUCAUUGACAGCGACAAGUGCAGGCCGCCAUGUCAUCACCGGACCAACUGCUCGGACUGCAUCACGGAGAAGGGGGAGUGCGCCUGGUGCGAGAACACGCGCACCUGCCUGCCGUUCUCUGACUACGUGACCCGCUACAUCUACGGCCAGUGCACCUCGUGGGUGGACAGCGUGGGGCCGGACCACGGGUGUCACUCCUGCUCCAGCCACGCCUCCUGCGGCUCCUGCCUCAUGGAGUUUGGCUGUGGCUGGUGCAGCAACGAGCACAACCCCAGUCUGGGCGUCUGUGUGGACGGGGAUUUUACAGGAAUGAGCGGAAACUUGUCUUGCUCGGUGAUGGUGGGUGAGAUGUACAACCUGUCAAGCUCGGAGGCGUCGCUGUGGUCGUACGCCGAAUGCCCCGACGUGGAGGAGUGCCUUCUGGGAAUGCACGACUGCCACGAGAACGCCACCUGCAUCAACGUCUACGGCUCGUUCCGCUGCGAGUGCAACCGAGGCUUCGAGGGGGACGGGAGGAUGCGCUGUGAUGAGACAUGCUACUUUGACUGCCACAAUGGGAAGUGCUCCGGUCCUCCGGGCUUCACGUGCAUCUGCGACCUGGGCUGGACUAACGAGAGCUGCGACCUUGACUGCGGCUGCAACAACCACAGCAGCUGCGAGCGAGGGGUCGGGGAGUGCGACGAGUGCCAGCACCUCACCACAGGGCCGGCCUGCUCACAGUGUGUGUCCGGAGCUUACGGGAACCCUCUGGACCCCGAUGGCUGCCUCCCGUGUAACUGUAAUGGGCAUGGGGCACGGGAGAUGGGCGAGUGCCACAACGUGACCGGGGAGUGCUACUGCAUCGACAACACGUAUGGCAUCCACUGUGAGCAGUGCCAGCCAGAGUACUACGGCAACCCCAGUUGUGGUCAAUAUCAUCCAGUGCAAAGUAACACUCUACUUCCUUUUUUGUCGCCAGUGUCCAAAAGCGGAGGCUUCAACGUGUCUUAUCAGGCCCACUACUGCCCGGACAGUUGCCAUGGCAACCGUGUGUGCGUGGAUCGGCGCUGCGUGUGCAAGAAGGGCUACUGGGGCGAGAACUGCCUGGUUCCAGUGUGUCCCAUUGAGUGCUCCGAGGGCCAGGAGCAAGGCCACUGUCACAAUGGCAUCUGCAUCUGCGAGUCAGAGUUUGGCGGCCCGGGCUGCAUCAGCCGGCUGCGCAGCAAUGAGCUGAACAUACAGCUGCUGUCCAACUCGGAGCUGGCCCACACGCUGGGGCCCGGCCCCGAGCAGGCGUUUGUUCCCGAGGACGAGCGGCUGUUGGGGCCCAGCCCGCGGGCGGGACACACGCUCACCUCGUGCGGGGACGGCCUGCUCUUUGUGUUCGGCGGCUACUCCCAGCGGGAGGGUAUCCUGGACGACAUGUGGAUGUACAAUGUGAGCGCGGAGACCUGGACCAAUAUCUCGCCGGCCACGGGGCACAGUCCUAGCGGCAGGCGUGCGGUGUACGUGUACGACGGGAUCCCCGAGUUCAUCCUGGGCACGCCCACCGGUGGGGGCGGGGAGCUGCUGGCUGCCUUCUGCGGCAUCAACCCCGGUCGCGACCUCACCGUCUACGCCAAGUCGGGGGUCGCCUCCGUUUUCUUUGAGGGCAAUCUCAAGUCUGCGAUGUCCAAAAGCGGAGGCUUCAACGUGUCUUAUCAGGCCCACUACUGCCCGGACAGUUGCCAUGGCAACCGUGUGUGCGUGGAUCGGCGCUGCGUGUGCAAGAAGGGCUACUGGGGCGAGAACUGCCUGGUUCCAGUGUGUCCUAUUGAGUGCUCCGAGGGCCAGGAGCAAGGCCACUGUCACAACGGCAUCUGCAUCUGCGAGUCAGAGUUUGGUGGCCCGGGCUGCAUCAGCCGGCUGCGCAGCAACGAGCUGAACAUACAGCUGCUGUCCAACUCGGAGCUGGCUCACACACUGGGGCCCGGCCCUGAGCAGGCGUUUGUUCCCGAGGACGAGCGGCUGUUGGGGCCCAGCCCGCGGGCGGGACACACGCUCACCUCGUGCGGGGACGGCCUGCUCUUUGUGUUCGGCGGCUACUCGCAGCGGGAGGGGAUCCUGGACGACAUGUGGAUGUACAACGUGAGCGCGGAGACCUGGACCAAUAUCUCGCCGGCCACGGGGCACAGUCCUAGCGGCAGGUACCAGCACGCAGCAGCCUGCCUGCCACUCCUGAAGAUGAUCUUCAUCAUCGGAGGCUUUGUGGCUGAGGAGCACGGCGAGGACGGGACGCCCUACCGAGUGACGCCAACCAACUCUCUGUGGAAGUUCAACAUCGAGUCGCACGCCUGGACCAGAGAUGUGUCGCCUGAUUGGCUCCUCCCAGCCCUGGCAGGCCACACGCUGACCAACGUAGGCUCCACCAACCUGAUGCUGAUUGGUGGCUUCUCCUCCUACAACUACUUCAACGACCGUGUCUACGAGUACAACAUAUCCAACGGCCUCCGCGCGUGGAAGGUGUACAGUCCCGACCAGAUGAAAGGAGCCAUACCCAUCGGUGUGUAUGGUCACAGUGCCGUGUUCCACCCGGAGUAUAACUGUGUCUACAUCUACGGCGGCUAUCUGUUCCGGUCGGACGAGUGGUCUGUCUCAAAGGAGCUCUACUCCUUCGACGUGAAGGACAAGAUGUGGAACAUGCUCUACCCUGAAGUUUAUAGCGAGCUGGAGGCACGUGUGUUCCACUCGGCGGCACACGUGGGCAACACCAUGGUGGUCAUCGGAGGGCUGACCUACAUGGGCAGCUACGGGAGAGACGUCCUGGUCUACGUCUACAGCUGCAACACCUGGCACCGCAUGAAGUUUCAGGUUUAUAGCGAGCUGGAGGCACGUGUGUUCCACUCGGCGGCACACGUGGGCAACACCAUGGUGGUCAUCGGAGGGCUGACCUACAUGGGCAGCUACGGGAGAGACGUCCUGGUCUACGUCUACAGCUGCAACACCUGGCACCGCAUGAAGUUUCAGGAUUUGGAGCUGGAGCAGAAGACGACGGCUGUGGUGGGCCUGAACGCCGUGAGCUUCGCCAGUGCCGUGUACAUCUUUGGCGGGUUUGCCGGCGUGGCGCUGGGAACGCUGUCUCGGCUGACGCUGCCCUCGGAUGUCUGCUCGCUCAUCACGGACCCGCUGGUGUGCAGCAACAUCAUGGGCUGCCAGCUGUGCGUCAUGACGCUCGACACCUCGGAGAACGUCACCGUCUGCUACGACGCCAACGCCAGUAUCAGCGCUCGCCCGCGAGGCUGUGUAGGCAACCCGCCCACCCACAAGCGCUGCAGCCCGCGGAACAUGGCCAACUCCACGUGCACCCACUACGACAGCUGUAGUGCCUGCCUCGCCACACACCCGGCCCUCAAGCAUAAUGGACCUGUAAGUCGACGCAUAAUCCCUGCCCCCCCAAACACACACAUAUACACACACACACGCACACACCCGGCCCUCAAGCAUAAUGGACCUGUAAGCGAGAUUGGCCGCUACUUCAACCAGAUGCCGGUGUACAACUGGAACUGUGUGACGGUGUCCCUCAAGCCCACCAACGUGACCAAGUUCCAGUCAGUACCGCCCGAGCAGUGCCCGGCGCGCUGCGUCAGCUACACCACGUGCCACAGCUGCCUCAUGGCGCCGGGCUCGGAGGGCGGCUCCAAGGAGUGUCUGUGGAGCGUCACGCUGCAGGAGCCUGGCUGUGGCUGGUGUGCGUUCGGCGGGAUGAACGGCCAGGGCGUGUGUAUGAGCGGCGGCAUCGCGGGGCCCUUCGACGGCAUGUGCUCCGACGGGAACUUCAGCGUCAGCGUGCCGUUUGUGGAUGUGAUUGCGGAAGUGAAAGGCAAGGCGGAAGUCCUGACCUCGCACACGACCCACCCAAUCUGGGCGUUCGACAAGUGCCAGCCGGAGAACGAGUGUCAGAACCAGCACCACACGUGCAACCCGGACACGGAGGACUGCUACGACACACUCGAGUACUUCCGCUGCGAGUGCAAGCGCGGAUACGUCAUGAACGCCGUCACCAAGAACUGCGAGCCAGUGUGCCACCAGGGCUGCGUUCAUGGCAGCUGCGUCAAGCCCGACGACUGUCGCUGCGACUUUGGCUGGGUGGGCAGCAACUGCUCCGUUGAGUGCCAGUGCAACAAGCACAGCAACUGCCAGAGCGUGCAGCUCAACAAAGUGUGCACCAAGUGCGAGAAUAACACCAUGGGCGAGCACUGCCAGUACUGCAAGCCAAUGUUUGUGGGCGACCCCAAGAAGGGCGGGCGCUGCAUGCCGUGCCGCGAGUACUGCAACAACCACACGGACAUCUGCAUGACCCAGCAUGAGCACGACCUCUCGCUCUUCAACAACCUCGACUCCUUCGACCCGCACAACAGACAUAGCCCCCGAUACUACCACAUGGUGCAGAAAGGCCCCCACAAGAAGGAGGCGGUGUGCAUCAGCUGCCAGCACAACACCACGGGCGUCAGGUGUGAGCGCUGUACCAGUGGGCACUUCCGCAAGGCUAGUGAGCCCAAGAGCAAGGCCUGCAGAGAGUGCCACUGCAACGGCCACAGCAACAUGUGUAAUGCGGACACAGGGGAGAACUGCAAGUGCAGCAACAACACAGAGACCAACUGUGACGCCAAGGAUGAGUCGGAGUGCUGGGAGCUGCAGUGCGCUCAGUGCAAGGAGUACUUCCUGGGCACACCGACCAACGGCCACCAGUGCUACCGACAGAUGAACGUCGACCGCGACUACUGCUUCGACCCGGACACGCAGAACAAUUGCAACCAGUUCCCCAAGGCCCUCAAGCUGGGCCGCACCGUGUUCUUUGCCGUCCAGCCCAAGUACCUCAACGUGGACAUCCGCAUCACUAUAGACGUCACUAUGGGCAGUGCUGAUGUGUUUAUCUCCAACAAGAUCGACACGUUCCAAGUGUUUGUGGACAAAUCGUCGUGGGCUCACGAGAUCUACCUGGACAAGAUGUACGCCAGCACCCGAGCCGGACAGGCCCGCAGGAGCAUCAUGGGAAACGGCGGUGGUGGUGGUGGCUAUGUCGACGAUGACGCUAUUCGUCAACGGCUGCAGCUACACGAGAGUGGAGCCGUACGCAUCACGGAGAAAGUGCCGGGUUAUCUGAAGCUCAAGUCGACGGACACAGAGUUCUAUAAGAUGUCCCAGUUUAAAAGUAUGGACAAGUCGAUAAGCAAAGGUGGUGGGGGUGGUGGUGGUGGUGCUUCCAAAAAGGAUAAAUUCAAAGAAAAUCGGCCAGGGUCGCAUCGGUCCCCUGGCUUAGCUGUGCAAUCGGAGGACGAUAUCUACGACCGGAUGGGGCGAGAGGGGAGGAGACAUCACCACAGGGGCAGAGUGAAGAGCAAGAAGAGUAGAAAGAUUGAGAAAAACGUGCGGGAGCUUUUACGAACCUGGAAAGAAAUGGAAGAACCCACGCGGAAACUUUUCGAUCUGUGGGACAGUGAGAGCAUGAUGCCCCAGUCCUCGAGAGGUCAUGCCAGUAAGAGGCACAACUCGUCCCGAGCGGAUGGAGCAGUUGCGGCCAAACACCAGAAGCGCGGCAUCACGGUGACCGACGCCAAACGCGACCUGGACGUCAGCGACGGCUCGGUGGGCAUCAAGAUGGGCGAGAUCGAUGCGGGCGCCCUCAACACGUACAUCACGGUGGGCGAGCGGAACAGUGUGUUGGUCGUGCGAGACGUGCGCUUCCGCUUGGUGAUCACGCUGCCACGCGACCAGCACGAGCUGCGUACCUCCCGCUUCUACAUCAUCGUGCGGGCGCGCGACAACGGCCCCCACCUGGACAACUCGACCUACGGGAACCUGUACUUCCGGCAGGACCAGCCCCACAUCGACCUGUUCGUCUUCUUCUCCGUCUUCUUCUCCUGCUUCUUCCUCUUCCUGGCCGUCUGCAUCAUGCUGUGGAAGAUGAAGCAGACGUUUGACGCGCGCCGCUCGCGGCAGAUGCGGGAGCGGGAGAUGGAGUGUAUGGCCUCGCGGCCUUUCGCCAAAAUUCUGGUCCUGGUGGAGCACGAGGAGUCCAUGUUCCUGCCGCUCGGCUCGGGGCUGGUCCGGCCUCGAUCCCGCGUCGGCCGCUACCCGAACCGGAAUCAGUAUUACAACAAUAACGACAUCAACACGCUGACCAGCCCGCCUCCUGCCCGCGAGCUGGGCGUGGUGCCCAUCGCCAUCGAGCCCACGGAGGACGGGCUGGCGGGGGUGGGCACCAUCUUGUUUCAGCUGCCGGGCGGGGCCAUGGCGCCCUCGCGCCUCUGCCUGGGCUCCUCACUCACCACCAAGAUCGCCGCCACAAUACCGACGCAGAAGUCGGCUCAUUUACGACGGAGGAUCAGCGCCUCCUCCUGUUAGCGUCGCGCCGUUUUGUCAAGGGUUGGACUUCUUGGGAAUGGGAUGGGAUGGGGAUAUAUAAGUAGAUGGAUAUAUUUAUGUAUAUUUAUGUGUGUGUGUAUAUAUAUAUAUA